AUGAGUUCAAUUUAUGAUGGUUUGAUUGUCGUUUGUUGCUUCUCUUUUUACGUUCUUGGUUUGGAUUUGGAUUGGGGUCGGGCAAGUGCACGGAGGCUGGGUGUUAGAAGAAACUUACCAAUAGUCUCCACACAAGCACACCCCAUCCACAAUGUGAUGAAACCUACUCUUGUCCCUAAUCAACACCUCCCUCCCAUAAACCAGAGACACAAACUUGGCAAAGUUAUGACAAUCCACACAAAUCCUAAGGUUCUUCAUGAUCCUUAUAGCCUUCCCUUCACAAACACUCAUCAUCCCAAAAGCCAAAGCCAAUUUCUCACUAUGCCCCAACAACAUCCUCUCCUUCUGCUCCUCAUCGACAUCAUACAAAACCGAACCCAAAUCGGGACAGUAUCCGACCCCCUUUAUCCUCUCCGACAAUUCUCUCACCUUUUCGAAAAUCUCCUCUCUCCUCGAAUGAGACCUGUCGCCAGCAAAGAACGUAUGAAUCGUGCGCCCCAAUUCAAUCCAACUCUUUCCGGGCUCUUUCACAACGGCAUUCCUUUUCAUCAGCUCCCUCGUUUUUCUAACUUCGUUCCACUUUCCAUCCGAAGCGUAUAA